AUGUGCUCCUUGCGACUCCUGGUGUGCGCAGUCGCCUCGUCUAUCGUCGACUCUUUGCCAGACAACAACGUGCAGUUGGACAUGGGUCUCUCUGCGGCUCAGCCGACUGUGAAGUACUUUGCUCGCGUGAUUAAUGAGGGUGACGACUGCUCGUACGCCGAGAAAACGGUCCCAAUGUGUGCUAGAAAGGACUCUGUCUGUCGGAUGCCACCCGGGGGAGAAGCUGAUGCCAACGAUCCUUCGUGCCUGGCUUACGACCCGAGCAACAUGGAGGACAACCCGUUUGAGAUCGAGGACUCAGCGGUCGUUCCGUGGGGAAAUUGCAACCCGACAGCGGAGCUCAAGAGGAAGAUUGGCGACCCGCCUGUGUGUAAGAGGGACUUUCAGUGUCGGUGUCUCCACGGAGCUGGCGAGAACUUCAUCUGCGCUCCAGCGGAUGCAGUGGACGAUGUGCGUGGAGCUCGGACGUGUCAGAACGUGACGUCUGCUUGUCCCACGGACGAGUACUGCCACUAUGUGGAAGCUGGAGGUGUUGAGUGUGGACCGAAACCGUACUUCUUGUGA